CACUUUUCAUUCAAGACUUAACCCAAGGAAGUUCCUGAUUAUCAUUAAGUUAUGCAUCUAGGUUGUGUGGAAAUUCACAAUAACAUCAGAGUAGAACUCUUACUCCAGGCUCAGGGAGCUCUGCCACCCCAACUAAGAACUCUACUGAAGGAGACACUUUUCUGCACAAGAAAGGUCAAGGAAGUCCUCUGGUGUUGUACAGCAAAAGAUCCCUAAAGUAUCAUUAGUUGGGAAUUUUCCUAACACCACCAUGUGCCUGUUCUCAUUCCUAAAACGAGAGGAAUCAAAGCCACAGGUGCCUACACUAAGGGGGACCCUUAAGAAGCCCACGAAACUUCUUUAUCAGAACUACGAGACCUUGCUGGAGACAUGCUUGAAGAAUAAAUGCCUGUUCAAGGAUGAGAACUUCCCAGCUGACCUUAGCUCUAUUGGAAAGGGGCCACUUCUACAGAAACUACCCCCAAAGCUACAGUGGAAGAGGCCACAUGAGCUACAUAAAAAUCCAGUAUUUUAUCCUGCAAACACAAGACAGCUUGAUCUCUGUCAAGGAUUGCUAGAAAACUGCUGGUUUCUGGCCGCCUUGCAAGCGCUGACAUUCCACCGAGACAUCUUGACUGUGAUUGUGCCUCAGUACCAAAGCUUUGAUAGGAAGUACGCUGGCAUUUUCCAUUUCCGGUUUUGGCACUUUGGCGAAUGGGUCGAUGUGGUAGUAGACGACCGACUGCCUGUCAAUGAGUCGGGUCAGCUGAUUUUUCUGUCCUCCGUUUGUAAGAAUAUUUUCUGGGGAGCCCUUUUGGAGAAGGCAUAUGCCAAGUUGUAUGGCUCAUAUGAAGAUCUGCAGAUUGGGCAUGUGUCAGAAGCACUGGUGGAUUUUACAGGCGGAGUUAAUAUGACUAUAAAACUGGCCGAGGCUCCUCCUCAUCUGUGGAAUAUAUUGACAAGAGCAGCCUACAGCAGAUCUCUCAUGGGAUGCCAGACACAUAUAGGGACAACCAGGGUCCUAAAGAAUGGGCUGGUGGCAGGCCACGCCUACACGAUCACUGGUAUUAGAAAGGUGACUUGCAAAUAUGGACCGGAAUAUUUGGUGAGACUGAGGAAUCCAUGGGGGAAAAUUGAAUGGAAAGGAGCCUGGAGCCAUAGCUCUGGAAACUGGGAGCUGCUCAGCCUAAAGGAGAAGAUUUUGCUGCGGAGAAACCAGGAUGAUGGAGAAUUCUGGAUGUCUCUGCAAGAUUUUAAGACCCACUUUGAAGAUCUGAUCAUCUGUAAAUUAUCUCCCGACCUGAUGAGCCAGGAAGAUGGUAAGAAGUGGAUGUAUUCUCUGCAGACUGGGAGCUGGGUCAAAGGAAGCACGGCAGGUGGCAGGAUGAAUCCCAACACAGACACAUUUUGGAUGAACCCCCAGUACUGGCUGGAUGUUUACCAGGGUGACGGCAGCAAAAGGUCCUUGUGUUCCUGCAGCAUGCUGGUGUCUCUGAUCCAGAAACCCAGAAGCAAACACCGAAACGACGCACCUCCCCUCCCCAUAGGGUUGUCCAUCUUCAAGGUGAGCGCAGAGUACUACAAAAGCAACAGAAGGCUGCCGCCAGAAUUCUUUGCCACAAACCCCUCCAUCAACCAAAGGCAUCUCUUCAUGAGCAAGCGGGAAGUGACCCAGGAUUUCCGGCUGCAGCCUGGCAGCUACGUCAUUGUCCCCUCCACUGCAGAACCCCAACAGGAGUCCGAGUUUGUCCUGAGGGUCUUCUCCAGGAAACACAUCCUUCGUGAAAUGGGCGGAAAUUCAAGUUUCAUCCUUUCCAAGGAAAUAAUUGAUAAACAUGAAGGCAAAGUUUGGGAGGAUUUCUUCACUAAGCACUUUGAACAACAUCCUGAAAUAAAUGCUGUCCAACUCCAGAGGAUCCUGAAUAACAUGGUCUGGACAAGUCUCCAGAGCUUUCAGCUGAGAUUUAGUCUGGAUGCCUGCCAAAGUAUCCUGGCGGUGCUGGAUCUUAACACCACCGGCACACUGAGUAUUCAGGAAUUCAGGCUCCUGUGGAAGCGGCUGCUUUUCUAUAUGGAAGUUUUCCUGAAGAAAGAUGUUGCUAGAUCAGGAAAUCUGAACUUAAUGGAAUUGCAUGCAGCUGUGCAGGAGACAGGGAUUUCACACAGCAACCAAGUCUGUAACCUGAUGGUGAUCAAAUAUGGCAAAACUGACAUGAAAAUCAGCUUUGAGAGCUUCUUCUGCUUCAUGCUGCGCGUGGAGAUCAUGGGAGAGGCCUUUCGCAACUUAACUAAAGAUGGCAAAGGGAUCUAUCUCCAGGAAUCUGAGUGGAUGACGAUGAUGCUUUAUUCCUAAAGCCAGAUGAUGGUGAGGGAAUGAGUUGGACCUAGACAUGCUGGCCCCUCUCAGAACAUAAGGGGCUGUUUCUUAUCAACAUGCUAUACAUUCUGGAUACUUUGGGCCAACCCUACAAUCCUCACUCAUGUGAGCACUCCCAGGUCAGCCAGCGGGUUGGCUGAAGUGCAUCAGGGCAACCAAAGCGAAUAUGGGUUGCUCUUUCCAUCUGGAGAGAUAACACCCAGUCUGGGAGCAGAUUGGAUCAAAAGACCGCAGAGGCAGUGAAAUGAAGAUGGGUGGCUAUUUUUAAUACAUCAUUUCCAAAGGAGAUUAUUGAGGUUGCAAAGGCAAGCGCUCAAAAGUUAGGAAAUGCCAGAAUUAAGUUUGUCUGUAUAGCCUUUUAGUCCCCUUGUGUAUAUUCCUCACGAGUCGGUCUUUCAGGAACACGGCAUAUGUCUGGGUUAAAUGACUUGCUCAGCAUCACACAGGGGCUGUAUGGCAUAGAUGGGACAAAAUCCAGUCCUGCAAAGUGGCAUUCAGCUACCUGGAACUUUCUUGUCCUGCAACUCCCUGCCUCUCCAAUAAAGAACCUUCCAGCUCCGCUACUGUUAAAGCAGGGGUCCUACAGACAGCAACCUCGGGCAUGACACAAUCGUGACUCACCUCUAGAGCAAGUCCAGCCUGGGCACUGAAUGAGCCAGGCAUAGGUGACCACUUCUCCUGUAGCCGGGGAGUGAUCGGAGGGGAAGGGAUGUGUUCAUCAGCGAGGCCACUGGCAGGCGAGAGGCAUGGGGGAAGGGGCUGCUGGGAAGCCAGUGGGUGCUAAACACCCACUAAUUUUUCCCUAUGGGUGUUCUAGCCCUGGAAAACCACUUGGUUGGUCCCUAUGAAGCUAGGGGUUAUGUCUGGGGGAGAGGGAAUGAGGGACUAUGUGAUCGGGUAAUUAAAGACUGUAUCAUAAUGUAUAUGCACAAGGAGGUCACGGCAAGUUUGCACAGACAGCCUCACUAAUGCUGUGUGUGUGUGUGUGUGUGUAAAAUAAAUAACACAGGGAACUGAGCCAAAUUUGGAUCCUGAUUGCAUAUGCAUUACCUCAGUAAAAUCCAUGGAGGACCACAUGUGCAAUGAGAUUAGAACAGGUCCUUAAUUACAUGCCACUCUGGAUAUAUAUAAAAUAACUUGUACUUGAUUAGCUGGACUAGUUAAAGUACAAAGCUUGAUCCCUCAAGCAGUUACAUUCUGUUUCUACAGUUAUGGUUAGUCUGCUUCUAUGCAGUUAUUCUAAUUUAAAUUAUUUUUGUUACAAUAUUUAUUUUUGUACUGUUUGUAUCCUGUUCUAUUUUUUAUAGACCACAUUUCUGCUGGCGUGGCCUGCU